AUGGGUAAGAAAGCAAAGAGAAAAGCUGCCCAUAUCGUCAACAAAACCCUUACCGUCCUAGGAGCCGACCCAAUUCUCGAUCCCAUCGACAAAUCUUCUUCCAGCGGACCCCAGGAUGCAGUUCAACAGCUAGAGAAGUUUGACGAGGGUGUCGCUGUGACGACGGCGAUUGCGAUGCCUGAGAGAGAUACCCCCACGCAAAGCGACAGCAGUCUCAAGCGCGCUGCGCCCCACGAUGCCGGUGAUGAUGAUGGAGGAGAGUGGCAGGUUGUUUCUCGAGCUACCAAGAAGCUCAAGAAAAUCCCCAAGCCAGGCAAGAAUUAUCCUACGAUUGCCUUUUCGCCCAAUGCGCGACUUCAGUCCAAGAUCAAUAUCUCACAAUUACGAGACUUGGUGACGUAUAUCUUCGCUGACGGCCCUGGUCCUCAAUGGGUCGGCAUUACCCAUCGCCCUGCUUUCCGAAAGAUUGUGGCUAUCAUGAUACCCGGCAUUGAGGAGGCCAUGUUCAAACAUACAGUCGAUUUCGAUACAUACAACGAUGCCGCACAGGAGACAAACACUGUUGUUACAUCACCGGACGACUAUUAUCCCCGGGUACUGGCAAAAGAGCGCCUACCUGAGGCCCUGCAGCCUUUUGCGGACAUGUUCACGCAUCUAUGGCCCGUCAAGACUCCAGGAGACGACCGUCACGGGAAGAUGCAUUCGCCGUUGGCUGCUUUCCUCACAGCUCCCACCCCUAAAGAAAAGACAGGAACUAAAAAGGGCGUCAAGCCAGCAUCCGAGCCCCAGGGCUGGAAGAACGAGAGGACCUCCAUUACAGAGUUUCUUUGCUCUGUCGAAGAUUUGAGCGACAAUGGCUAUCUGGUUCACCCAGCAAUGCUAGAAGGAGUCGCCAAAGAUCAGUUUGUGGUCCCUCCAGGAUGGGUCAUCACGAACGUGGACAAACUUGAAGACGGAGAAGCCCCUGAAGAAAAGGUUCAAAAAGGUAGCAUUACCGCCGGGCGAGAGAUUCUUGCUCUGGACUGUGAGAUGUGCAUGACUGGAGAGAAUGAAUUCUCUUUAACGCGAAUUAGUAUAAUCGACUGGUUUGGCAACGUGGUACUCGAUGAGCUUGUCAAGCCUGACAAACCUAUCAUCGACUACGUCACCCAAUUUUCUGGCAUCACGGAGGAGAUGCUUGCACCCGUUACAACUACAUUACACGAUAUUCAGCAGAAACUCCUUGAGCUACUGACCCCUCGCACAAUCAUGAUAGGACACUCUCUGGAAUCAGACACCAAGGCUCUUCGCAUCUCGCACCCUUUCAUCAUCGACACAUCUAUCAUCUACCCUCACCCUCGCGGACCCCCUCUCAAAUCAUCCCUAAAAUACCUCGCCCAGAAGUAUCUAUCAAAAGAGAUCCAAAAAGGCGGCGCGAAUGGCCACGACAGCAUCGAAGACGCUAAGACCUGUCUCGAUCUUGUCAAGCAAAAGUGUGAAAAGGGCAAGUCAUGGGGUACUUCUGAUUCCCAUGGCGAGAAUCUGUUCCGUCGGUUGGCUCGGGCUGGAACUGCAUACAAGGCUCAAGGGGGCGAAGCGGGUGGCCUCGAGGUUGGCAAGACAAGUGCUGCUAUCGACUGGGGCGACCCUUCAAAGGGUGCGGGGGCCGGCGCAACGCACCAGCUCGGCUGUAAGAACGACGAGGAUGUAACCAACAACAUAAUUCGUGCUGUACAAGGAGACGCAGAUGGCCUCGAGAUCCGUGGCGGCGGCGUUGACUUUGUAUGGGCGAGAAUGCGAGAGCUCGAAGCCCUUCAAGGCUGGUGGAACCGCAACCGUGUUGAAAACACAAACAGCGACGGCGGUCCCCCUCAAGACUCCGAGGCCAUCCCCUCCGACAAGUCAGAACUCGAGCAGGCCCUUGCCCGCCUUUCUGAGCGUCUCACACGCAUCUACGCCUCCCUGCCGCCCUGCACCGCCUUCAUGUUGUACAGCGGCUCGGGCGACCCGCGCGAUAUGUCACGUCUGCAGAAAAUGCAGUCUCAGUGGCGCAAGGAGUACAACACACCCGGCAAGAACUGGAACGAGCUCAGUGUCAAGUGGACCGAUGUUGAGGAGCAAGCGCUCAAAGAGGCGGCACGUAAGGCUCGCUCGGGCAUUGGAUUUAUUGGCGUCAAAUAA